AUGGCUUCCCUCUACGUCCACCACACCUCGCUACCACUCUCCCCGCCCCACCAGCUCACGGUCCCCGAGUCCCCUCGCGCGCCGCCCCCCUCCUCGCGCCUCCCCGCUGUGCCAUCCUCCUCCCACCAUGUCAGCGCCCUCCCUCGACCCGCGGCGGCUCCCUCCGCCUUCGCGCGCCACUGCAAAGCGCCGGUCCGGGACCACGACGCUGAGCUCCUCCGCGCUCUACAGUCCAACGGCAACGGCACCCUCCACGGGGACGCAGCACCGCCGCAAGUCCUCGAUUCGCGCUCCGACAGACCGGGCGGCGACGGCAGGAGCAAGAGGUCGCGUUUCUGCGCCCGGGAUUGCGCGAAGCGGAUCAUGGAGCUGCCCGUGGAGGAGCGGGUGAAGGUGCUCGACCUCCUGCCGCGCGACGACGCCGCGCUCACCGUCUCCGACUACAACGACAUCCUCUCGGCGCUGGCUCGCGCGGGGGACCACACCACGGCCGUCGCGCUGUUCCGCGCCAUGCCCGUCGCCCCCGACGCCCAGUCCUUCGCCACCGCCGUGCAGUGCCUCUGCCGCCAGGGCGCGCCCGACGAGGCCAAGCUCGCGCUCGACGAGAUGGUGGCGCGCGGGUUCCGACCCAGCGUCGCCACGUUCUCAGCCGUCGUUGGGUGCCUCUGCAAGCGCGGACGCGUCACCAAGGCCAUGGAGGUGUUCGACGCCAUGCGCGCGCUCGGGUGCGAGCCGACCAUCCGCACCUACAACAGCCUCGUCGGCGGGCUCUGCUACGUGGGCCGGCUGGAGGAGGCGCUCGACCUCCUCAACAAGCUCAAGUACUCGCCUAUGACGCCCGACAUCUACACCUUCACGAUCGUGCUCGACGGGUUCUGCAAGGUCGAGCGGACGGAGGAGGCCACGGCCAUCUUCCACGAUGCGAUCGGGAUGGGCCUCUCGCCGACGAUAUUCACCUACAACGCGCUCCUGAACGGCCACUGCAAGGAGGGGAACCCGCUCAAGGCGCUCGCGCUGCUCAUGGAGAUGUGUGGCAACGCCGCCGCCUGCCCGCCAGACAAGAUCAGCUUCGGGAUCGUGCUGACGGCGCUGCUCCGCGCCGGCGAGACCUCAGCAGCGUGGCAGACGUACAAGCGGAUGGAGCGCGCUGGGUUCGACGUGGACGGGCGCGCGCUGGACACGCUGGCUCGGGGCCUGUGCCGGCGGUGCGCGACGGACGUCUCGGCCCUCGGCGACGCCAAGGAGGUGUUCGCGAAGGUGGUGGCUUCGGGCCACGAGCCGGUGUCGUACACGUACUGCCUGAUGGCGCAGGCGCUGGCGCGCGGCGGCGAGGUGGACGCGGCCGUGGCGCUCCUGGAGGAUAUGGUGCGCAAGGGAUACGCGCUGCGGAAGCGCGCCUACACGGACGUGGUGCGCGCGCUCUGCGACCGUGGCAGGGCCCGCGACGCGCUGCAGGUGCUGGUGCUCGUGAUGAUCGUGAGGGACUUCGUGCCCGGACGGAACGCGUUCGAAGCGCUCCUGGGCGAGCUGAGCCGGCAGGGGCGGUGGGCCGACGCCAUGGCCGUGUACGCCGCCGCGGUGAAGCGCGGCGUGGCAGUCUCGUGGAAGCACCUCGGCAGAGAGGCGCUCUCGCCGGAGGAGCCCGUUCGGCUGGGCGUCCUGGUCCCGCAGUGA